UUAAAAUAGUUGCCAGUCAUUGUAGAAACAUCUUGGAACAAGUGUCGGUGACACCGCAGAUUAAACUAGGUCCAUUUAGCUAUUGAAACCUACGGAGGAUAUUGUUUCCACGCUCUGUCUGUGGUUUGACCUUCCAGAAGAAAUGAAGGAGACAGCGGCCAAGCGGCGGGACAAAGCGGGGGGCCGGGACUCUAAAGCCGAGAAGCCGAAAGAUUCGGGCCCGCAGCCGCAGGACGUGGAGAUGCCGGAGGAGGAGGCGAGUACUACUAAACAGCCCAAAGAGCUGGACAGCGUCACCCUGGACGACAUUAAGGAACAUGUGAAGCAGAUAGAGAAAGCUGUGUCGGGAAAGGAGCCUCGGUUUGUUCUUCGUGCUUUGCGAGCAUUACCAUCCACCAGCCGUCGCCUCAACACCAAUGUGCUGCAUAAGGCCAUUUGUGGCUUCUUCACCAACAACACCAGCACCAGAGACUUUCUCUUGGGCUUCCUGGAAGAGCCAAUGGAGAUGACAAAUGGAGAUGUCUUGUUCCGUCCGAGGACAGGCAAAGCAGCGUCUGUACCUCUGCUGCCAGAGGUUGAGGCUUACCUGCAGCUGCUGCUGGUGGUUCACCUGACCAACAACAAGAGAUACAAAGAGGCUCAGAAAGUGUCAGACGACCUCCUGCAGAAGAUCAGCUCUAAGAACCGCAGAGCUCUGGAUCUGGUAGCUGCUAAGUGUUAUUAUUACCACGCCAGAGUAUACGAAUUCCUCAGCCAGUUUGACACCAUACGCAGCUUCCUCCACACUCGUCUCCGUACGGCCACUCUUCGUCAUGAUGCUGAUGGUCAGGCUGUUCUUCUUAACCUGCUGCUGAGGAACUAUCUGCACUUCAACCUGUACGACCAGGCUGAGAAGCUGGUGUCUAAAUCAGUGUUUCCAGAAGUGGCCAAUAACAAUGAGUGGGCCAGAUACCUUUAUUACACAGGUCGCAUUAAGGCGAUUCAGCUGGAGUACUCGGAGGCUCGCAGGACUCUGACCAAUGCACUGAGGAAGGCUCCACAGCACACAGCAGUGGGCUUCAAACAGACGGUUCAUAAACUGUUGAUUGUGGUGGAGCUGUUGUUGGGGGAGAUUCCCGACAGACUGCAGUUCAGACAGCCGUCACUCAAAAGGUCCCUGAUGCCGUACUUUCUGCUGACACAGGCGGUGAGGACUGGUAACUUGGCCAAGUUUAACCAGGUGCUGGAGCAGUUUGGGGAGAAGUUUCAGACAGAUGGAACGUACACGCUCAUCAUCCGCCUGAGACACAACGUCAUCAAAACCGGUGUACGUAUGAUCAGCCUGUCUUACUCUCGUAUCUCUCUGGCGGACAUCGCUCAGAAGCUGCAACUCGACAGCCCAGAGGAUGCAGAGUUCAUUGUUGCCAAGGCAAUCCGCGACGGAGUGAUCGAGGCCAGCAUCAACCACGAGAAGGGCUUCGUCCAGUCCAAGGAGACCAUGGACAUCUAUGGGACUAGAGAGCCCCAGCUGGCUUUUCACCAGAGAAUCUCCUUCUGCCUGGACAUACACAACAUGUCCGUCAAGGCCAUGAGGUUCCCUCCUAAAGCCUACAACAAAGACCUGGAGUCAGCAGAGGAACGCCGUGAACGUGAGCAACAGGAUUUGGAAUUUGCCAAAGAAAUGGCUGAAGAUGAUGACGACAGCUUCCCAUGAUCCUCUCGCUGACUUCUCGUGUGCUCAUCUUCACUGUGCUGUUAAUAGAUCAGUUAUUACCCAUAAUCCCGCUCCCCCCAGUUGUUCAUCUCUGCUGUGUAAUCCCUGCAGAUCUCUUAACUGUCACUCACAGGCCAAUAAACUCAAACUUUGUUUAUA